AUGGGUGAGAAUCCAUUAUUUCUUCGCACGCGCUACAAUUACGGUGUACAAUCGGGCAUCCGAUUGGAACCCAAGGCUUGGAAAGCUAUCUACAGCCAGACCCGCACCGCAAGAAAACAUAUUGGGCACUCUGAAGGCUUUAUUUCCGCAUCAAUGGCGAACCGCAUACCUGCAUCGGUUAGCCCGCCAUUAUCCAGUGGCCGGUCGACUUCUAUCAUGGUCGAUGAUAGAACCCUCGACACGCAUAGUAGCAACGGUGUGAGGAGAGUGAAAUCACCUCGCGCUACUGCCACGCGUGCCGAGAAAAUCCGGCGCAGAGCGAGUUAUAGUGUUGCUAAGAAUCGACUAUCGGCAGACUCUGGUCAGAUUCUCAAUUCUCGUCGCCAUGUGGCUGGGAUGGUACCCCAGAGAGCGCUUGAUGCAGGAGUGCCGGAGCGGCCAGAUCACAUGCAUGCUUCGCGCCCAGACUUACACAGAUUCUACUCAAGCCCGACGCUUAUGACGAGUCCAUCUGCAAAUGGCAUGAGUGGACGGGGCAGCAUGCAGUUUCAAGAUGUGUCGGGACAAUCGUCAAAUGAUUUAGAAAUGUCUGACCAGAUGUCAGAUCUUAAGGAUAUUUCGCCAACCCCAGGGGAGAUAGAUAGGCGAGGAUAUCAGGGAAUGUUUAGGCAGCCGGAAACCAAUCCUAUCACUCAAGAUCAAUUGAUCAAUGAAGUCCGACACAUCUAUCACGGAUUGGCGAUGGUUGAAACUAAGUGUAUCGACAUCGACAAACAACAAUCAGAGUCGAAAGCGGAUUUAUCGGAAUCGCAGUGGCAAGCUUUGAUGUCCGUGCAUCGGUCCUUACUAUAUGAACAUCACGAUUUUUUCCUUGCCUCACAACACCCUACGGCUGGACCUGUGUUAAGGCGACUCGCUGAAAAGUAUGCUAUGCCGGCACGAAUGUGGCGUUAUGGAAUUCACUCAUUCCUCGAGCUCUUACGACAUAAGCUCCCGAAAUCAUUGGAUUAUAUGUUGAAUUUCAUCUACCUCGCCUAUUCAAUGAUCACACUGCUAUUGGAGAGUGUCUCAGCUUUCAGGGAAACAUGGCUCGAGUGCUUGGGUGAUUUAGCACGGUAUCGGAUGGCCAUUGAAGAAUCUGACAUGAGAGACCGUGAAGUUUGGGCAGGAGUAUCUCGUUACUGGUACAAUCUAGAUGCAGAUCAAAACCCCAACGUGGGCCGAAUUCAGCAUCAUCUUGCGGUAUUGGCUCGACCCGACAGUCUUCAACAACUCUUCUACUAUACCAAAGCUCUGGUUAGCGUGAACCCUUUCCCAAAUGCCCGAGAGAGUAUCGUUCUUCUCUUCAAUCCCUAUAGAGGGGAGGCAGCUACUCAGCACACGGUGAUUAAUGCUUUUAUUGCGACACACGGGACUUUAUUCUGUCAAGACUCAGCUGAGGAGUUCAUCGCCUCGGCUAAUGUUUUCUUAUCGCUACUGCGAAGGGAACCCCGUUGGCUGGAUCGACAAGGAAUAAAAGGAGUUUAUAUAAUGUCUUGCAACUUUGCCUCAAUAUUGCAAUAUGGCGAAGCUGAAGGAAUGAUGGCACUAGAAUUUGCAGCCAAGCAAGACGAAACUUCAGCUGAGGCACAUAAAUUUGCACUGGAGUGGACUUCUAGCUCAGAAUCGAGUUUAACAUCAGAAUCCGAAUUUAACUCCAUGUCGAAUACAGGCUCGCGUCCAAUGUCCUCGAUAACCCCUCAAGGAAGCUGUCUUGCCUUCCAUACUCUUACCGUCUUUCUUGAUCAGAUGGACGAUCCUGGAAUAUACCCCAGUGUCCAUGCUUCCUUAGCGUUUCUCUGGUGUUUAUCCCUUCGACCUAGCGCCAUGCAGCAACUCGAAACAAUAAUCCCAUGGCUACCUAUCACCCGAUUCCUCAAUUCACUACUUCAGCCCGAGACCAACUUCGCCAAGAUCGAAGACGAAGCAUUCCCCAACUUUGAAGAUGGCACAACACAACAGCUCUCAGAAGACUUCCUCAUUCGCGGUCAGCUUUGGAGUCAACUCUACUAUCCAGAAAACUUUUUUCAAGAUGCCCCUUCAGAAGACAACAGACCAAGUAUCGAAGAACCAACGACAAUCAUACCAAGACGACACAGAUGCCUCUGGUUAGGCGUACGCAUAGCAACGUUUAAUCGAUGGAUUUCAUACAGCCGUGAUCAAAAAUUUAUACCAACACAGCUCGCAUAUGAUUAUGCGCCCAUUGCGGAGUCUUGCGGUCAUCUCAACAGUAGGGCACUUCCAGGACCAGCUGACUACGACAUGAACGGAGCUUGA